AUUUCUAAGAAUUGUCAUCCGAUUUGUCCCGAAAAAACGUCAAAAUUGCCUAGUGAAAUGUCUCAUUCAUCGGAAACCAAUCGAACAGAUUCGUCCAGAAAAACGACCCAACAAUCGAACAGCAUUCCAGAACAUAUCCGUCAUUUAGCAGAAGAACUAGAAAUAGACGGUGCAAAUGGAUUGGAGGGAAAUGAAAUGGAAAUUAUAGCGCUGAUCAGGAAUUGUCCGCUGCUAUACGAUAAAUCGGUUUCCGAUUUCCAUGAUGCCACGAAGAAGGAUCAGGCUUGGAGGGCCAUCGCACAAGUAUUCAACGUUUCAAGCAGGGAUCUACAGCAGUUCUGGGACACCUUGAAGCAGGAGUUCCUCAAAUUUUGCAGCAAGAGUGCAGAGGAAAAAACUUAUCCAUCGUAUUUGGACGAAAUGCAGUUUUUGAAAUCAGUCAGCAUGAGAUGCAGGAGACCUUCUUGUAGUUCUGCCGUCAACCAAAAAGAAGAUAGCAAUUCAAGUGCCUCAAGUGAAUCAGAUGUUCCAAAUGAUGGAAAUUAUCGAAAUGAGCUGAACCUAGACACUUUGAUAGAAAAAAUUCGCGUAAAUACAAUUCUUUACGAUCGAAAACACAAGGAAGCGAAGAAUCACGACUUGAAAUUGAAGACUUGGAAGAAACUGGCUAAAGAGAUUGGAAUACCAGUUUCUGAAUGCGUGAACAGAUGGAAAAUCUUGAGAGAAAAAUAUGGCAGGGAGAGAAAAUACAGGAAAGCUUAUCCAGAUGGACGAAAAUGGUAUUUGUUCGAGAAAUUGUCGUUUCUUGAAGGUCACGUCUUCAAAAGGAAAUAUUCGCACACCCAGAUGUCAAGCAGAUUUUCCAAGGGUAUUUUCAACGAAACUACGAAUCCAUUGAAAGAGGAGUGUUAUUCAUCCUCUAGAUCAUUAGUAAGCGAGUGUCACUAUCAAGGUGUUGAUUCAAUAAGAGGAUCACCUAAGGCAAAUACCGAAUAUGAUAGGAUUAUGGAUAAAUUGAGUACACGCCAGUUUUUCGAUAAAAACAGAACGAGAGAUGAUGAUAUUUUUGUUUCUGGUGUUGUUGAAGAAUCAUUACGAGAUGAAGAUGAAUUAUUCGCUCUUUCAAUAGCCACUGAACUGAAGAAGAUGAAUAAUCGUAAGAAGAAAAUGAAGUUGAAAGCAGACAUGUAUAAAUUACUACAUGAAAGUUCUAAUCAGGAAAAAAAAUGAUAAUAUGACGAGAAUCAAACUGAAGAAAAGACUUCAUUAUUUGCAUAAAUAUGUCAAAAAAUCGAUUUUUUC